UCAGCAAAGGCAUCCUAACAUUGUACUGUUAAUUGGUGUCUAUUAUCCUCCUCGUUCACAAUUACCAAUGUUAGUAAUGGAGUAUCUUCCUUUAUCACUCACACAAUGUCUGGAGAGAGAAGAGCUACCACUUCAAAUGAAGUAUUCUAUUCUUCUUGAUGUUGCUAAGGGUUUGUGUUAUCUUCAUGGUAAACGUCCUCCUAUUGUACAUCGUGACCUCACUGCUAAUAACGUGUUACUGACCUCUUCAUACUCAGCUAAGAUAUCAGAUCUAGGAGUAUCAAGAUUAGUCGAUACCUUUAAAAAGCAUCACCUUACUAUGGCACCUGGUAAUGCUAUGGUAAUGCCACCAGAAGCUCUUAAAGAUAAUCCGGUAUAUGAUCACAAGUUAGAUGUAUUCUCUUAUGGUUGUCUCAUUCUUCAUGUACUUACUGGUCAAUUCCCUGAGCCUACAAACCAGUUUGUUCCUGAACCUGGUAAAGAAAAAUCCUUCACAAAAGCAUUAGAAUGGGAUAGAAGAUCAAACUACAUUAAAGAUUUACCAAAAGAGAAUGAGCUCCUUCCUUUAGCAAGGGAUUGUCUUAAUGAUGUUCCUACUGAUAGACCAGAAAUGAUUUACUCUUUUGAAUUCAUGGAGCAGGUUCUAUCAAAAUAUCCAAAAAUGAAAAGUAUUACAGAAUUAAUGAAAGAGAAUGAAGCAGCAGAAAAACAUAUUUAUGACUUAGAUGCAGAAAUUAAAGUAUUAAAGCUUGAGAAAGUAGAAACUGAACAACUGAGAAUAAAUCAUGAACAACUGACAGCAGAAAUGAAACACUUACAAAGUAUUCUUAUAUUAAAAGAAAAAGAAUUAAAUCAUUGCACUCGAGUACUAAAAAAAACUGUGAGGAGUAAAGAUGAACUUAAGCAACAAGAAGACAAUAUGGAUUUACUCACUAAAGUAGAAGUUGAUUUAAAGGAAGAGGAUUUGAUAGAGCUUGCUGCAAUGAAGGAGGUGAGUGCAACAAGAAAACACGAGCAGCAGCUAUCUGAAUGUCAGAAAGAAAGUGAGGUCAGAGUACAAGUAGCUAAAGAGCAGCAGUCCAAAGCAUGGACUGUAGGCAGUUCGUUUUUUCCUACAUUAUCACGUGUCGAAGCUGAGACUAUACUCAAGCAAGAGAAUAAAGAUGGAACUUUUGUUGUUAGAAAUUCCAGUCGAGAAAACUGCAAUAUCGUAUCAUUAUGUUUUAAAGGUCAAAUCAGGCAUUAUCGCAUUAUGAAUGAUGAUAAGAAAAAAUAUUUUAUAUCUGAGGGACAUCGCUUUCCAACAAUUGCAGAAGUUAUUGAAUAUCACAAACUGAACAGAGGAGGUUUAGCUACCAGAUUAAAACGACUCCCUGCUGUGUUAGUCCCAAAUCAACCAGUUCUCUCAUCUGCAUUUGGUAAUUUGUGAUAGAUACAAUG